CAACAAAGCCAAACAAGACCUUCCGAGAGAGAGAGAGAGAGACAGUGCCACUCCGUCAUCGCUUGCUUUGCUGCUCACUUGCUCUUCCUCCAAGAGAGGCAAGGGAGACCUGCGCCGCCGCGGCCGCCCGCAGCACCAAGCGCCCCGGCGAGCCCUCCCUCUCCUCCACGGUGAAGGCUCCUCCGUCUGUUCGCCCGGGCCGGAGACCAGAUCAGCCAGCCGCACAAACCCUAGACACCACCGCUGCCACAACACGCAAGGCCGGCCACCCUCUCGGAUCUCGCCUCCGCUUGACCUCAUUCCGCUGCUAGUCGGGCCGCUUCUUGCGGGGGCUGCCUGUCCUCGAUUCGUCGGAAUUCCAGUGCCUCUCCCGGUUCCAGAUGUCCGGGGAGGAGGAGGAGGCGCUGGGGUUCAGGGAGGACGACGCCCUCAGGUUCAUCUUCGGCGACAGCAUCGCCGGGAUGGACGACGACGCCGGCUUCGACAGAUCGCUCGUGGAGCUCCGCGUGUUUAAGGAAGUCUUCUCCUCCGGUGUCAACCACCACCUGCAUCCGCAUGCGCACAUGGAGGGCCAUUUCAAGGUGGCCGAGACAUCGCUGCUUUCCUCAUUGUCUGCACAGCAGCAGCAGCCCGCUGAUGCACUGCAAGCCGGAGUACUGGACACCAAGGUCGAGGAGCCUCCACGGUUGUGCAGCGAGGGCAUUGAGACUGACCGGAUGGAUGCCAGGGCGGCUCGUGGUGCCGGGGAGGAGCAUGCACAUUCUCAUGGUAGCUUGGAUGGCACAGUGGAUCCUCUUGUUGAGCAUAAUGCACAUUGCCGCAGCGAGCUGAAUGGGGUUGAUGAAUUGGCCCUCGAGUUGGAUGCCGCCUUGCAGGGUUUCUUGGGAUACUGGCCAGAUGGACCUAGGUGUGCGACCGAUGAUGUGGUCGGGGGCUUUAACCAGCAGCAAGUUUUCCGUGCAGCUGUUGUUGGAAACAAUGCGGAUGUGCACAUGCAAGCAAUGGUUGAGGACAGCGUAGCAGCUGGGUUGAGCGACGCGGUCGGGUUUGGUUGCAGCACCAGCACCAGCGGGGUUGAUGAUCCCAUGCCGUCCUACAUGGAUGCUUUAGCAGAUUUUUCACGGUUCCAGAGCGACACGUCUCUUUCCGAUCCAUUUCUAUAUCAGUGGCUACAUGAUCAGCAACCAUUCCCGAGCGAUGCCUCUUGCUUAAGUUAUGAUCAAGGACAAAUUGUUGACACUAGUCAAGUGCUAUAUACAUAUAGUGGGGCAGAUUUGUCCGAAAGAGGAGCAGAAGAAUACCCAUUUUACAACAAAUCAGCCCAUGAUACUGCAAUGCCACCUCGCCUAUCCAAUGAUUGUAUUGGCUCUGGGCAGUUUGUUGAACUUGACAACCUUUGUGAGAAGGGUACGCCCGAUCCAAAUACCAGUUCACUAGAUGAUGUUGAUGUUCCUCAAUGCAGCAACCUACAGUCUGUACCACCUGUUGUUGGUUCCAAGAGGACUUUAAGCAGAGAUCUUCCUGAUCAGUUGGAAGCACAUGCACACUGCCUUUUCAUUGAUGCUGGCUGGACUAUCAAGCCACGCAAAAGGAAUGACAGAGCUAAGAUGGCAUCGUAUUUCACAGCACCACACCGUGAAGUGGUUCUUAGCUCACUUACUCAGGCUUGGAAGUUUUGUGGUAACAAAUUAUAUGAAGCAUCUGUAGGUUCAGAACGGGGAAAGCAUCCGAAGGAGUGGUCAGAUGUUGAUACGUUUUGGAAGGACCUCACAGAUACGAUGGAGUGUAUCCAAAAGAUACUUGUGAACCAACAAAAUGCACUUACACUUCUUCAACGGUGGGAGCUUUUGGAUCCUUUCAUUGCUGUCGUGUUCAUCAGUAGGAAAGUUACUGCUCUGCAACAAUGUAAAACUCUUAGAGCUGUCGAUAGUUCAACCUUUGUUCUCGAUGACAACAAGCAAAUGUCCUCAGAAAGUAAAAGCACACAGAAAGCCAGUAAUUCAUCAACCACCUGUAUGGUUCGAUCUACCCCUGUGAUCACAGAAUCUGACUGCAGCGCACGAGCAAUUGAGACCUGCAACAGGAGUCAGGCUCUACAGAGCAGUCAUGAUCUCAAAGGUGGUCUCUAUGGAGAGAUUAAUUUGAAGAGUGGCCGCACACAGGGUCAGGAUUGUGAGGCAAGUGACCGAACAGAGAAUCGCAUUAAAGAAAGCACUGAAACCCGGCAAGUUUGCUCUGGAGCAAAGCUCGUCAAUAAUUCGGUGAAAAAAGCAAGGAAGAAGCCUGAAGUGAUACCUUAUAUUGAUGCAAAUUGUUUAGAUGGGCUGUACGCUCAAAGCUUUAUGCAGCAUACUAUGGAAAAUAUAUUUAACCAAGAGAACAAUGUAGCAAUUCUGGACUUCUCCAAUCCAGAUAACAUUAACCUCUCUGGAAGACAUUCUAUCUGUCCAGCUGUUGGCACAUUGAAAAAGCAUCUGAGAGCUGAGUCCAGAUCAGCAAAGCUAAGUGGAAACAACCAAAUCAACAAACCUAACGUGUUGUUUCCUUCAGAGAGCAAGCAAAUGAGUAUGUUAAGAGGUGAUACUGUUAAAGAACCGCACACGAUCUCAGAACCUGAUCCUAAUGAAAGGGUGCCAGAUGCCAAUGAAAUUGUCCCUGUAGAAAUGGUCACAAUCUCCGAACCUGAUUCUAAUGCAAGGGAGUCAGAUGCCAAUGAAAUCGUCACUAUAGAAAUGGUCCACAAGAACUUGCCGUCGUCAAAGGAAUCAUCUCUUGGAAUCCCUCCCAAGGAUUCACACAAUGUUCCAACUGACAGUGCUGUUCCUCUUGAAUCAUGCCAUGAAUCUAAUGCUGCUCUCCUGAAAACUGAUCUAUCUCGUGAGUCACAAAUCUGCAAGACGGUUGCUGCUAAAAGGAAACCUGAAGGUUGUGAUAAGUAUGCCAAGAAAAGACCUCGUGAGUUACGUAUCAAUGACGAUGACCUUUUGAUCGCAGCUAUUGUUAAAAACAGGGAUGCUGGCUCCUACCACAAAUUUGCUGCAGGCUCAUCUUUUUCGGUUGCAAAGAAAUUUAAAAGCCAAAAGAGAGGCAGCAAGCUAUUUGUUCGAACAUGUGGAAAAGGAGGGACAAACCUAUUGGGUGGGAAGAGAAUAAGUUUGGCACGGAAAACUGUGCUCUGUUGGUUGAUUGCCACAGGCUUUCUGACUGUAAAAGAUGUUAUUCAGUACAGGAAUCUGAGGAGCAAUGAAGUUAUUAAGGAUGGGCAGGUUACCUGGGAAGGCAUUCUUUGCAACUGUUGCACAAAGACAUUAUCUAUAUCAGACUUCAAGGCUCAUGCUGGUUGCCGGCUGCGUUUGUCCUCAUUAGGCCUCUUUCUGCAGUCUGGCAAGUCGUAUACUCUAUGCCAGGUUGAGGCUUGGUCUGCUGAAUUGAUGAGCAGGAGAAGUGAUGCAUAUGGUAGGAAAGUAGAGGCGGUGGAUGAAAAUGAUGAUACAUGCGGUUUCUGUGGAGAUGGUGGUGAAUUACUUUGCUGUGACAAUUGCCCAUCAACGUAUCAUGAAGCUUGCUUGUCUUCUCAGGAGCUUCCAGAAGGCAGUUGGUACUGCCAUAAUUGCACAUGCCGGAGCUGUGGGAAUCCAGUUAACGAAAAGGAGGUUUCAUCAUUCUCAGAUAUCUUGAAAUGUCUGCAGUGUGGAGAUGCAUACCAUAACACUUGUAUUGAUCGUGUGAUGCUGCCCUCUGAUGGUAAAAGAUCUGACACAUGGUUUUGCGGGAGAUACUGUAAGGAGAUAUUCAUGGGAUUACACAGUCAAGUUGGCGUAGAGAAUGUAAUUAACAAUGAUCUUUCAUGGACCAUAUUGAGGUGUAACAGUGAUGGUCAGAGGCUACAUUCUGCCCAGAAGAUUGGCCUUAUGACCGAAUGUAAUACCAAAUUGGCAGUGGCUCUUACUUUAUUGGAGGAAUGUUUCAUUCGUAUGGUGGAUCCUAGAACUGGUGUUGACAUGAUACCACACGUCUUGUACAAUAAGGGAUCAAACUUUGCGCGCUUGGAUUAUAAGGGAUUCUACACUGUAAUCCUGGAGAAAGGUGAUGAGAUACUAUGCGUAGCAUCUAUCAGGUUACACGGGACCAAAGCAGCUGAGCUGCCUUUCAUUGCUACUUCUGUGGAUUAUCGCCGUCAAGGGAUGUGCCGAAGACUGUUGGAUAUCAUUGAAAAGAUGCUGAGAUCAUUUCACGUUGAAAUGUUGGUCCUUUCUGCCAUUCCAGAGUUGGUUAAUACAUGGGUCUCAGGAUUUGGUUUCAAACCUAUCGAGGAUGAUGAGAAGAAACAACUACGUAAUGUUAACUUGAUGUUAUUUCCUGGGGCAUCCUUGCUAACCAAAAGGUUUGAUGGAAUUAUAACUGCAAAACCAGAUUUUUGUAAUUACGCAGAGAAGGAAAAAGGUGCAUGUAAUGUCUCUGUAUUAACUAAUGACAAAUGUUUGCCUAAUGGGAAAGCAAAUGAGCAUCUUGUAUUCCAUGAGCUUGAAUUGCCAGAAAAGAAGUUGAAUUCUGAGGUUGAAAUGAAUGGUUCUUUCAGAACACUGAAACAUGAAUGUGGUCCUGCAGCAUGGUUUAAUUCCGCUAAGCUAACUGUUGGGGAAGUGUGAUUUUAUCACAAAAUCAAACAUCCAGGCUCUAUCCUUUUUGGUCGCUGUGUUAGUCAACUGUCGUGCUGAUCUAUGUCUGAACUUAAAGUUGUGACUGCGCAAUUAUAUUGAAGCGUGCUGCUGUGCCUCAAUGUGGUGUGAUGGAUGUUCAUUCAUGCAAUAACCAAGCAGCGACAUUUUCGGAAGAAGUCGUCAUCAAAGCCAGCAUGUUGACGAAUCAGAAGAGAUAGUCAUCCAAGAAUAUUCAUCGCAAUACGGCUCCAGUACCUAAGCUGAGAAAAGAUUGGGGCACAAUGGGACUGGUAAUGCAUGAAGACCCUCAAGUCCAUUUGCAUGGCACAGAAUCGGUGCUGCUGAAACAGGAUAAACAUUGGAGUGUUGGACCCUUGAGGGUAUGGAUGCGAGCAAUUUGUAGAGCCACCUAAGUAAGAUGUUUCAGUGUUGGACCUGGUCUGCAUACAAGCACCGACGGCAUCCUGUCAAGACUCGCAGGGCGUAAUUGCUGAUGGCUGAGGCGAACAAAGAGUCCAUUGAUCAGAUAUGCAAGCAAGAGCAACUGCACUGCAGAACAAGCAAAACCUUGUUGGGUUCCGUUCAUGUGGAGCUGCCAUCCAAAACCUCCAAGUCUGUAGUAUAAAUUUUGGCAGAGCCUGCCUGAAUUCUAGUACAUCUUUGCAUGAUGCUUGGCCCUGUUUUGUCCUGUUUUCUAGAGCAAUGUAUUAUAAAUUUCGGCAGAGCAAAUCAUACUUUUGUAUCCUUGAUCCUUACUGCAAUAUAUGCGGGCUGUUUUACAAAUAAAUAAAUAGAGUUGAUAGAACA